UAAAAUCUUUUAAUAAAUGAGUAUAGGAACAAGGUCUUGUUGCUAUUGGAAAAGUUGAUUGUGAUGAUCAAUCAUUAAUUGCAACGAAAUAUCAUGUAAAGAAAUAUCCAACAUUAAAAUUAUUUCGACAUACCAUUUUGACUAAACGUGAAUAUCGAGGAGCAAGACAAGUCGAUGGUUUAUUUGAUUUUAUACGUAAACAAGUUGAAUCACCAAUUAUUAAAUUAUCAACAGCAAAUGAUUUAAUAAGAUUAGAUUCAAAAAAAUAUUAUAUUAUUGGACAUUUUAAUGAUGAAAAAUGUGAAAAUUUCCAAAUUUUUUCAAAAGUAGCAAGUCUUCUUAGAGAUGAAUGUCAUUUUGUUGCAUCAACUAAUAUGUAUGUUAACUUAAUUUUUAUUUACAACUUUUUCUUAAUCAAUUAA